CAGUGGUCCCAGCCCACCCCUACGCAUAUCCCCGCUCCCAUUUCCGAUCCCGAGUUGGUUGCCUUGCAAGACUGCUUUACUGUCUACAGUCUCGCCCUGGCCGGAGCCUUCGAUACACACACUAAACUAAGACAAGAAAAAUUGCGGAAAAACGCCCACGCCAGGUCCCACGCCAUAUACGCCUCCCGAAACUCCAUCUCCAUCGCCUCCAGCGUCUUCGACUGCUCCGGCGUUUUCGGCUCCUCCAGGGUCUUCGACUCCUCUAAAAUGUUUGAGUC